AAGUCAACUUUGUUUUGACCUGGUGUCUUUGACUGUUUGUGUGCGUUGAAUGCGUCCGUGUUCUCUGUUUUCGAGAGAGACGUCGAUCUUUCCCAUCCUUGUUGUUUUGAUGGUCGUAGGGAAGAGUUUCUGUGAGUGCGUCAACUCAUCCAGAUUAGGAAAAACUUACAGCUAUCUCACCUAGCUACCUGCAGCUGGUAAAUCGUGGAGUGCUGACGCUCUGAAGUGACAAUGAGUAAAUUCAAGUCUUCCAAAUUCCGCAACACAUUGGCUAAAGCUGCUAAAAAGGAGCACAGCUACACUGGCCUGUCUAUUCCUAAUCUCAACUCCACAGCAGACCAUGUUGCCGCCAGUGCCAACUUCCUGGCAUGCAAUGCUAACACUGGAUCCGGUGGUAGUUUGGCUGUGAUUCGUCUCGACGAUUAUGCCAAGAAGGAUGCUUCUAUGCCUCUCCUUAACGCUCACAGUGGCUUUGUAUCUGAUUUUCAGUUCUCGCCAUUUGAUGAUUGUUUGAUGGCGACUGGUUCUGACGACUGUACGGUCAAGUUUUGGCGAAUUCCAGAGGAGGGCUUGAUGGAGAGUUUGUCAACGCCACUGGUGUCCGUUGCACUUGAACGCAAAGUGGAAUCAUUACGCUGGCACCCAGCAGCACAUAAUGUCCUUGCCACUUCCUCCAGCAAUGUCGUGAAGAUUUGGGAUGUGGAGAAUGGAGCAGAUAAAUAUGCUCUGGGCAGUCAUGGUGACUCAGUCACCAGCAUCUCAUGGAGAGAGAAUGGGCAAGUGCUGGCUUCUGCAUGCAAGGACAAGAAGCUGCGCAUUUUGGAUCCACGCACGUCCACUGUUGCUGCUGAAUGUAGUGGUCAUUCUGGUGUGAAAGAACCCCGUGUGCUAUGGCUAGGCGAUGGAGAACACAUUGUCAGCACUGGCUUCACUGCUAGUCGUGAACGAGAACUCUGCUUGAGAGACAUCAGGAACUUUGACAAGGUUGUUCAGCGCUGUCCUCUUGGUUCUUCAACUGGUAUCGUGCUUCCCUUUUAUGAUGCUGACACUGGAAUUCUCCUUCUUCUCGGAAAGGGAGAUUGCACGAUCAACUUUUUGGAGUUUGACAGCAAGAAUGCAAAGCUCACGGAAGGUCAAGGCUAUUCCUCUGCUCUGCCACAAAAGGGCGGUUGUCUGGUGCCCAAGCGUGCCCUCAAUGUUAUGUCGUGUGAAGUGGCGCGAUUGCUGCAGUUGCAGCAGAAUGCCGUACAGCCAGUCGGAUACUUUGUUCCUCGCAAGAGUUAUCUGGACUUUGCUGAUGACCUAUACCCUGACACUCUGGCUUCCAGCGCUGCCAUGACAGCAGAUGAGUGGUUUGACGGAGCCAAUGAGAAGGUUGAACGUGUUUCCUUGAAACCGGAGUCAUCCAGGGCAGCAUCUUCAUCCACAUCAGCUGGAGCAUCCACAUCAGCUGGAGCAUCUGCAAGUGCUGGUGCACACUCUCCUUCAAACGAGGACGAGCUGGAGAUUAUACAGUUGAAACCUUUCGCUGGCGUCAGGUCAUCCAAGGUUCGUCAUUGGAUGGGCACAACAUUGCCGAAGAGCACAUGGAUCGAUGGCCUGAAGCCAGUCUGUACCAGCAUUCCUGGUGACUCCGAUGGAAUAUCGGUUAGUCACAACCGUGCUCUCGUACCGUUGGCUGGAGUUGGUGGGCAUUUAGUGGUCGUACAGGUUGACAAGCCUGGCCGUCGCAAGACAACAGAGACAUCAAGCAUUCCAUACUUGGAGAACGGGUGUGCCAUUCAGGACUUCUGUUUUGACCCGUUUGAUGACAGCCGUGUGUUCAUUGCUGGUGAAGAUGGAAAAGUCAACAUUUUCAAAGUGCCAGCUGGUGGUUUGACCAGCACUAUCACACAGACUGAAGGAAGUUUGAGAGGUCACUAUGAGAAGGUGAACAUUCUGCUUCCGCAUCCAACUGCUGCUGGAGUUCUCACCACAGCAUCAUUUGACCUGGCUGUCAAAGUCUGGGAUGUUGGCAGUGAAUCGGAAAAGAUUGUUCUCGAAGGCCAUACUGAACAGGUGUUUGGCAUGGCGUGGAACACUGAUGGCAAACUGCUGGCCACACUCUGCAAGGAUCGCAAAAUUCGCAUCUAUGAACCCCGCUCGUCGACCAGUCCAAUUGAGGUUGGCAAUGGGCCCAAUGGCAGUCGUGGUGGGCGGAUAGUGUGGGUGGGCGACACACACCUGAUUGUGUCUGGCUUUGACAAGACUAGCCAACGCUCUAUCUCUCUGUAUGCACGCAAAGACCUCAGCAAACCAAUCAACACUAUCAUGCUCGAUGUGUCUCCUUCCAUCCUUUUCAUCCACUACGACUCUGAUAGACAGUUGCUCUUCUACUAUGGAAAGGGUGAUAGCUCAGUCAGUGCUCUGGAAGUCAGUCUCACUGAAUCGCCGUUCUUGUUUGCCACCACUUUAUUCAAAGGCAAUGGCUUGCAGCAGGCUAUUGGCUUCCAGCCAGCAAACAUGUGUGAUGUAAAGAAUGUUGAAAUUGCCACGGUCUUGCGUCUAUCCAACACUGGAUCACUGGAACCAGUCAAGUUCAAGAUUCCACGUACAAGGGUGGAGUACUUCCAAGAUGACAUUUUCCCACCAUGCCGAGUAACUUGGGAGUCUAGUUUGUCUGCUUCAGAGUGGUUCUCUGGCAAGAAUGUCUCUGCCAAAACAAUCAAUCUCCAACCAGCUGGAAUGAAGCCAUUGAGUGAAGCACCGGUUAUUGUGGUGACAAAGAAGAAGUAUGAAAGCUUCAAUCCCCGAGAGAAGACGGAUGACGAGAAGAAGGAAGAGCUUCUCACAGCCAUGGUAUCGAAGAUGGCCGAACCCGAUGAGCCACUUCCGCAGGAUGAAAUGGAAGGUGUUGAUGAUGAUGAAUGGGACUAGACAGGACUAAACAGGACUAUACCUACCCUAGGUAUGUAUGAAGAUGAACGUGGCUCAAAGAGAUACAGCAUUGCGGGCACGAGUGGUUUCGACGUUUAGGUUGUAUUUAUUCAAUUUUUUCUUAUUACAUUAUUUCCCCUUGUAAACAGACUUUUUUUUAAUUCCUGUUUAGCCCAUUCCUUCAAUGCGGUCGCUGUGGCUUAUAUCCAUAGCAUCAUUACACAAGAGCAGUAUUUGCAGUUUAUCAUAUUACAGUCGAAUACUCACUGGUGUGUGCAACGCUAUUUUCUCAGCUUUCCUUCAUACUCUUCUUCUCAUGUGUUGCCACUGCCUGAAGUUGAAAAGUGAAUGUUGUGUUGUGCAACAGAACUAAA